CUAUUCCUACAUGGAUUUCUUACAAAUGACAUACCAGAUUUUAAAAUGUAGGAAUAGGAGGAAUAAACCCUAGAACCUAGCUUUGGUUAAUAAAAUCGUGACAAUUAAGAGGUAUUUAUAACGAUACGGUUAAACCCUACCCAUCCGCUUAACUUUAGUUCCUGGUCUGUAACAUAUAUAUUGCAGAUGGCUCUAUUGCAAUGGAUUUUCGUUGCUUUUAUUCAUAUUUUUAAGGAGCAUGUAAAUGCUUUCCAAUGCUUUAAUAAUGAGGAUCGACGUUUCGAAUGUUGUCAUCCCUGUCGCAAAAUUGACAGUACGUAUUCAUGUAAGAUAGCAUGCCCAAAAGACUUUUUCAUUAUAAUUAAGACUGAGGAUUUGAAAUGUUCACAAAAAGGAUUCAUCAUAACCUUUGAAGAUUCUGAUAUUGAUGAGAACAUGCAACCAUUGUGUGUACGACGAUGUCCUGAAAGAUACCAAAACUCUUUAGAAGCAGAAUGUCAGUACUGUGAUGUAAGCUGUAAUGUGACUGCUACCAUGGAACACUAUGAUAAAGCAACUGGCCUUACAAUCGGUUUAUCUACCUUGGCAUUGGCAUUCAGUGUAAUAGUUACGGUUAUCAUUAUUUUAUACUGUGUGUUCAAGCGCAGACGGAUAAAGAGAAGAAAGACAACCCAGAGGAAUAAUAAAACUUAUGAUUCUGCAACAACCCCCGUGAUUAAAAGCAACAAUAAUGAAAUAAGUAGCAACGAAUCUUACACACAACAUGGUGGUGUAACAAUUGCGAUAGAUAAUGCAGAAAAGGAGGUGUCAAAUACUAGUAAAGCAUUAAAUAAGGAUUGUUCUCCAGAAAAUUCGAAUGUAUCUAAAGCUGGACAUUUAUCCGAAAACCAUUACCAGAAAAAUAAUAGUUGCGAGAAAUUGUGUGUUGCUGAAUUAACACCAAAAUGUUAUGGAUUACAACAAAGGAAAGACUUUGUCAGCAACCAUGAAAGCAUAACAGCGUUGGACAUUGAAAAGGGCACCUUUUUUAAUUCAGAGAGAGUUAUUAUACAAAAUAUAGAUAAAAUGAUUGUGAAAGGAAAACCAACCAUCAUUGUAGGACAUGUUAAUGGCAUGUCUGUUUCAGAUAAAGUCACAAUGAUGAAUGUCAAGGCUUUUUGAAAAUAAAAAAAAGUGAAUGUUGCAAUUAUGACUACAAGAAUAUUCCAAUAGUUUUUAAAGAUAACUAGAAGAGGCUUCAGUAUUUUUCUUUCUUAUUUAUGAAAAUAAGGAGAUUUGUUUGUUUUUGGGAUUUUGACUUUCUUAUAGAAAUAAAGAGAUUUGGUAUGAUCACAAAACGCCAAAUGUAGAAAGGGUGCAAAUUGAUUUGUUUAAACAUACUUUCAAUUUGUGUUGAAUAAAUGUUUACAAAUGUAAUGAUUUAAUUAUGAACUUUAUAUUCCACUGGAAUAUGAAAGAAUGUUCAGAUUAUUAAAAUUUUGGUUGUAACUUUUAUCUUCAGAAAACUGUUUUUUAAGAACAUGAUACAAAGAUCUAUUUUUUUUUAUACUGUGAAAAUUCGAUGUGUUUAUUGUUUAACCUUGGACUGAAAAGGUUUUUGGUAUAACCAACUGUAUCAAAGGUUAAAAAAUUCUAGCAAGUGUGUGAAUUAUAGAUAUUGUGUAUCAAAUAUAUCACUACAAAGAACGUAUGUUGUUAACUGGAGAUAUUUUACUAAGAUAUGUCCAUCAACACACAAUGUAUUUAUUGAAACUUGACGUGUCUAUAUAUGGUGUAGAAAGGUCAAAUAGAAUUUGUGUAACUUGUACCAUAAAUGUUAUUGGAGAUGAAUUUCAUUAUAUACGUCAGUGUCCAAAAUGUGUUCAAUUAUGUUAGCUGUUUAUUAAAACCAUAUUAUUAGCAUGAUGAAA